AUGGGCGCUCCGGGCUUCAGGGAGAGGCUCCUGGCCCUCCUGGCGGAGCUGGAGAAGGGCGCGACGACAAUCGACACGCUGAGGAGCCCCAACAGCGAGAAGGACGCCCCGCCGCUCGUCAUCAUAGAGAACACCUUCCUGCCGGCGCUCCGCGAGAUGGACGUGCUGGCCGAGCUGCUCGACCGGCGGCGCGUGCGCCAGGGGGCCGCUCUCGUCUCGCUGCCCGGCGAGGAGGCCAUCGCCGUGCACCCCGGCCUGACGCUCAUCUUCACCACUUCGCUGGGCGAGCCUGUGUCCAAGGACCCGCUGGCGCCCUGCUUCGGGCUGGUGGACUUCCAGCUCUCCGUCGAGGUGGUGCAGCCCAGCGUCCUGUCUCACCACAUCCUGCGCCUCGCCAACCCGCCGGUGUUCGCCGAGCGCCGGCAGCUGCUGGCCGAGAGGGCGGAUCUGGUGGAGGAGGG